AUGGCUCUAGUCUCCAUGUUUUUGUGCUACUGCAAAAGCCAGCCAAAUGCAAGCGGCUUCACCACAGAUCUGAUCCACAGGGACUCCCCCCUUUCCCCUCUCUACGAUCCUUCUCUGACGCUGGAGCAGCGCGUCAACAACGCCAGGAACCGAUCCAUAGCCCGGUCCAGAUACUUCACGGACAUCCUGAAGGGGACGGCCGUAUCGCCCGUGUCCCCAGAUGGAGGAGGAUACCUGAUACAGUUCUUCAUGGGGACCCCCUUGAAGCAAACCAUGGCCAUGAUCGACACCGGCAGCAGCGUCAUAUGGACCCAGUGCACCCCCUGCGUGAGUUGCCGCCCCCAAAAGUUCCGACUCUUCGACCCCAAAUCCUCCUUCACCUACAAAGACGCCCUCUGCGGCUCCCCCGGCUGCACCGCUCUGGGGAACAAAGGCUUCUGCGACGCCAACAGGGACAAGUGUUUGUACCUGAUUAGCUACGGCGACGGGUCCCACUCCACCGGCCACGUGGGGUCAGAGACCUUCACCUUCCGCUCCACCGCGGGCGGCCUGCUUCGCUUCCCUAACAUUCUCUUCGGCUGCGGAACCAACAACUACGACAAAUUCCCCAACGACGGGUCGGGUAUUGUCGGGAUCGGAGUGGGGCCGGGCACGCUCCUCCCGCAAAUGGGAUAUGACAAAUUCUCAUACUGCCUCAUCUCGCUAGACGGAUCCAAGUACGAUGCCAGCACAUUGCAUUUCGGUUCCGACGCGGUGGUUUCCGGCUGGGGAGUGGUGUCGACGCCGAUGACGAAGCUGCGGAGCUACUACUAUCUGACGAUGGAGGCGAUCAGCGUGGGGACCCAGAGGAUUCCGUUCAUCACCCCCGUGGGGGGAGCGAACAUCAUCAUUGACUCGGGGACGGCGCUCACGCUGCUUCCCAUCAACUUCUACGAUGAUGUGGAGACGGCGAUAGCCAAAUCGAUCGAGCAGAUGCCGGUUCGGGAUCAUGGGGGGUGGCGGUUGUGUUACACGGAGGCGUUCGUGAUGCCAAAGAUGACGGUGCAUUUCAAAGGGGCGGAUGUGGAAUGGAAGCAGGAGAAUGUGUUUGUUAAAGUGGAUCAGGAUUAUGAGUGCUUGGCGUUGCAACCUCGUCAAACUAUUCCGAUUUUCGGUAGCGUUGCUCAGGUUAACUACAUGGUAGGUUAUGAUGUUACCAGGAACACCGUGUCCUUUAAGCCUACCAAAUGCGGGAGAUAG